GGAUUACCCUGUUCUCUUCCAGUGUAACCAGCUGUUACAUCUAAUCGCCAGCUUUGGUUUUCUCGGACCCGACAAUUACUGAUUUGCAUGUCAGUGGUGUCGCCCUGUACACUGCUCGAUAUUUCUCCAAAUUUGACUGUCGCACCCGCCGAAUUUGUCUACUCCAUGAUCUCUCUUAGUUCUGUGUCUGACUCCUGUGCGCGUCUGAAAGAGCUUCUCCCCCUUCUUGCCAUGAUCUAUUCCACUUUUCUGGUUUAAAAGUUCUCCAGAAGAAGCAAAGCUCGGUCUAUCAUGUUGUCCCGAACCAAUUAGGGUCUUGCAUUUUUGAUUCAGCGUCCUGCACAUAUGCAAGUUUUAUCGAUCAGUGAUCCCAGUUAACGCCCAUCUAAAUGCACCAACUAGCCGGCUAGAUUGAAUGUGCGGUGAGCAUGACACGCCUGCAGUUCCCGUCCUUGUUCCUCAUGCAGUUUCUCGCCAUUCUGUGGCCCGUCCUCCUGGGGACCUUGUUCACGGCCGUCCACGGAGCACCAAGGAGCGCCAGAAGGAACAACGGCCAGACCAAUCUCUCUCAGUUCGUGUCAACGAGGGAUGGUCAAUUCAUAGUCAAUGGAAGCGAAUUCAAGUUCGUCGGGGUGAACGCCCCUUGGCUCCCGACUCUCAUUACCAAGGACGAUAUCAAGAACACCUUGUGCAACAUGUCGCAAGUCGGAAUCAAAGUCGUCAGGACCUGGGGCUUUAAUGACGUUACGGAGAUUCCCGAAAACGAGAAUCAAACCUGGUUCCAACUCAUAGACAAGAACGGGACUCUGACGGUUAAUAAUGGCACGAAUGGGCUCCAGAAACUCGACUUUGUACUCAAAGCUGCGCACGAGUGCAAUGUAUUUGUCAUAAUUUCACUGACAAACAACUGGAAUCCAGUUGCGAACUCAAGCACGAAUGAUACGCGGCCGAGAAACACCCUUAGUAAUGACUAUGGUGGUAUGGACACCUACGUACGGCAGUUUGGUGGAUGCAAGCAUGACGAAUUUUACACCAACAAGACACUGAUCGAGGCUUUCGAGAACUACACUACCCAAAUUGUGACUCGCUAUGUGAACAAUCCGACCGUGUUCUCCUGGGAGAUCGCUAAUGAUGCGAGAUGCAAUUCUUCCGUUGCAGCAAGCCCUUCUUGUACCGCUCAGACCGUAACGGGAUGGCAUUCAAUAAUUGCCCAGCAUAUCAAGUCUAUUGAUAGCAAUCACAUAGUCGCCUCUGGCACCCAAGGAUUCUUUUGUGUUGGUUGUCCCAAGCUCUUCCCUUUGCAGCCCACAGCACCUUCACCGCAGACAUCGGCAGCUCCGGGCCAGCGACGCGCGACCAAAUCCCAACCUCUUACCAAGCGUAAACUUAUCAUGCGCAGGGAGGAGAGGCGAAGAAAGAACCGCGCUUUAUCGGAUGGAGGUUCAUCAGGUGUCCGAGUCCGAGGGCGAUGGGUUGCCAGUCGAACCAGGCGCCAAGAAGAAAACGAAAUUGGUACCGCCUUUGAUGGGUCUGCAGGCGUCGACACCGAAGAUAUUCUGAACAUUCCCGAGAUCGGAUAUAGCUCAUUCCAAUUCUUCCCUGACCAGAACACUUACACGCAGGAUGCAGCUGACUCGGGCUUGUCAAGUUUUCAAAAAACAUUGCAGGAGGGUUUGGAAUGGAUCAGCCUUCAAGCCGAGUUGAGUGCCACGUUUGGUAAACCAAUAGCUCUUACAGCAUUCGGUUUGGUAUCGCAAGAGCAUGCUCCGGACUUCGUUCCGUUUAAUAGCACCGUGGCACCAUUUGCUGCUGACUCUUCGAAUUCCAGCAAUACAACCACUAGCAAUGAGACGAGCAACUCGACCUUUGGUGUUACCAGUUCAGAACGUACCCAGGCGUAUUCCACUUGGCUCGACGCGGGUAUAACCAGUGGUUUGGCUGGUAUCAUGCAAUACCAGUGGGGGGUCUCGAAUGUCACCGCCGCGGCGGGAACUUCGUUCUCUCCGAACGAGAAUUCCACCUCAUCGAGCUCAGAUGAAACUGGAACGUCCAGUUCCCCCGAUGAUGGUUACAGUAUUAUCGACUCCAACACGGAGGACACUGAAUCGAUUAUCUCUUCAGCUUCUCUGCAAAUCGCAGCUGAUGAGUGAACGAUAUAAAUAAGUAACGCCUCUUGUACAAUGAUGUUAUGCUCAAUGGACCAAAGACUCUGAUGUAUAACGCUAUUUCCAUGUCGUUUUAUGGUACAUCACGUAGAGAUGAGAUUCCUUCAGUUAUUCUUUCUAGCACCUUUCACCUUGCAACAUGAAUUAAAUGCCGCUUC